AUGGAACUUGGAGGUACUGAACUUGGCAUUACUGAUGAUGAAGGGAAGGGUACACUAGAUGAUGAAGCUAGCCAACAAGAUCCGGCUCUAGAAGGGGAUGACAAGACCUCUGUGCCAGGCACCAUGGAACUUGGAGGUACUGAACUUGGCAUUACUGAUGAUGAAGGGAAGGGUACACUAGAUGAUGAAGCUAGCCAACAAGAUCCGGCUCUAGAAGGGGAUGACAGUGAACUGGGAUAA